AUGCCCUCCUCGACGCAAUCCACCUCGUUCGCUCCCGCGUGCACCGAGAAGGUGUUGGGCAACGAGAGCAUCAGGAUCGUCGCCUCCAUGCUUCACAUGCACGGCCUUGGCAUGCAGGUGGGUGCAGCAGGCGGGUGUGGUGACCGUGUAUCACAGCAGAACAUGCCCCAGAUCAUACUCCUUUCAUUCCUCUUCACCCUCUCUCCCUCCCCCCUCCCACCUCCCUCCCCUUUCCCCCCGCCUUCCCCCUCCCCUCUGCCCCUCUCCCCCCCCUCCCCUCCCCCCACACGGCAGUGA